AUGGCCCAGCCGCCGAUAGAAAAGCUCGCCGAGGAGUGGCUCCGCCUGGACAAGGACCCCUCCACACGUGAUGAGAUUUACAAGCUCCUGGUCCAUGGAGACAAGCCGGAGCUCGAGAAGCGCCUGAGGCACCGCAUCGCCUUUGGCACCGCCGGCCUGCGCGCCUCGAUGCAGGCCGGCUUCUCGCGCCUGAAUGCCCUGACCAUCAUCCAGGCCUCGCAGGGGCUGGCCGCCUACCUCCUGGAGCAGAGCCCGGACGUCAAGCAUCGCGGCGUCGUCAUUGGCCGGGAUGCCCGCCACAACUCGGACAAGUUUGCCAAGCUGACCGCCGCCGCCAUGGUCGCCAAGGGCAUCCGCGUGUGGUGGUAUGAGGAAACUGUCCACACCCCGCUCGUCCCCUUCGGCGUCGGCGAGCUCUCCGCCGCCGCCGGCAUCAUGAUCACCGCGAGCCAUAACCCAGCCCAGGACAACGGCUACAAGGUCUACUGGGGGAACGGCUGCCAGAUCAUCCCUCCCCGCGAUGUCGGCAUUGCAGCCGCCAUCGAGCAGAACCUGGAGCCCAUUACCUGGGACACCUCCGUCGUCGAUGAGGGGAGCUUGCUGAUCGAGGGUGCUCUGGGUCUUGUCAGGGAUGCAUACUUCAGGGCAGUCAGGCAUUCUGCUGUCCCCGAGGAUGAACCCCUCCCCGAGUUCGACAGUCUCAAGUUCGUUUACACCCCCAUGCACGGCGUCGGCCUGCCAUACAUGACGCAGGCAGUCAGGGAUCUCGGUUUUGGAGACAAGAUGCAUGUGGUCGAGGCCCAGGCGAAGCCAGACCCAACCUUCCCAACCGUCAAGUUCCCCAAUCCCGAGGAGAAGGGCGCUUUGGACCUGGCCCAGAAGAAGGCCGACCAAGUUGGCAGCACGCUCAUCAUUGCGAGCGACCCAGAUGCUGACCGUUUAGCCGCUGCUGAGAAGGUUGACGGCAGGUGGCACCAGUUCACUGGCAACCAGGUCGGUGUGCUACUCGCCUCGCAUAUCUUUUCGACCUACCCCAAGGACAAGCCGCUCGAGAAGUUGGCCAUGCUCGCCUCCGCCGUGUCGUCCCGCAUGCUCUCCACCAUGGCUGAUAUCGAGGGCUUCAAAUUCGAGGAGACGCUCACCGGCUUCAAGUGGCUUGGCAACGUCGGGCUUGACCUCGGAGAGGAUGGCUACGACGUUCGCUUUGCCUACGAGGAGGCCUUGGGCUACGAGAUCCCUUCGGUCGUCCGUGACAAGGAUUCUGUCAGCGCAACUGCUACCUUCCUGGUCGCCAGCGCCCGCUGGGCGAACGAGGAGGGCCUUACUCCUUACCAGAAACUCCAAUCGCUCUACAAGAAAUACGGCCACUUUGAAGACGCCAACACCUACCUCGUCUCACCGUCACCCGACACGACCAACACCGUCUUUGCCGCCAUCCGGGCCCUGGCGGACCCAUACCCCGAGACGCUGGGGUCUCGCAAGAUCCUGCGCUGGCGCGAUCUUACCGUCGGCUUCGACUCGGCGACGGAGGAUGGCGUGCCAACGCUGCCGGUCGACAAGGGCAGCCAAAUGAUUACAUGCGAGUUGGACGGUGAUGUGCGCUUCACGGUGCGUGGGUCGGGUACGGAGCCUAAGAUCAAGCUCUACAUCGAGUGUCGGGCGGCGAGCUCAGAGGAAGCGAAGAAGGGUGCGGAUGAGGUUCUACAGGAUCUGCUGAAAGAGUGGUUCAAGCCCGAGCAAAACGGGCUGAAGCUGGCGUAG